UGUAAGUGCCGCAUGGAUAUAAUUCUCUCUUUCUUGGAGUUUAACGCUCUACACAUUCUACCAGAGACAGUAUUUGGCCUGAUAUAUGCGGACAUGACUGUAUUAUGUGGUGUUACACAGACUAGUAGUGAACUGGUCGUAAAGGUGUUGUGAAGGAAGUCUUUGCGUCCCACGCAGAGGAGGGUUUUCCGGUUAAAGUUUCCUUUGUGAUUCGGAAGUGGCGCUGGAAAUGCCAACGCCGUCCUCCGCUACAGACACAACACACAAGUGGCGACCAUGAAAAAACCGUUCAAAGCUCCGUCCUGCUGAAAUGGGAAAACGCCCCUUCAAGAUUUAGUAACACAGGUCUCUCCGUCACCCUGGCAACGCUACACGCACAGAAAGGGGAGCAGCUAAGUCCUGCUAGCAUGGAAGUCACCGGGGCGCCCGGCUUGGCCCGGAGCCCUCAUAGCGAGGCAGUGACCACCGAGCUUCAGGAGCUGUCCCUUCACCCUGGACCCAUCCCGCGGCCUCUGCAAGAGAGAAAGAAUGUCCUCCAGCUCAAACUCCAGCAGAGACGUACAAGAGAGGAGCUGGUCAGCCAAGGGAUCAUGCCACCACUGAAGAGCCCAGCAGCCUUUCACGAACAGCGGAGGAGUCUGGAGCGAGCAAGGACCGAGGACUAUCUGAAGAGAAAGAUCCGGAGUCGUCCUGAGCGCUCUGAGCUGGUCAGGAUGCACAUUCUGGAGGAGACGUCGGCAGAGCCGUCCCUGCAGGCCAAGCAGCUGCAGCUGAAGCGAGCGCGACUGGCUGACGACCUCAACGACAAGAUCUCCCACAGACCGGGCCCAAUCGAGCUGGUUCAUAAGAACAUUCUGUCCGUCGACUGCACUGUGCACUCACCGCUGGAUUCUCCAAAGGGAGAGAGCUCGUCUUUAGAUGAAGACAGCAGUGAUGCUCUAUCACCAGACCAGCUAACCAAUCACGACUCUCCCCUGAGUGCCGUCCCUCAGCUGUCCCCUUCUGACGUGCUCACCCAGAACGGGGACAUGUCCCCCACACAGUUUAUCACACAGUCCCCUCCUCCACCUCCUCCACCACCUCCUCUCCAGGUGAAUGGGUCAGACUCCUCCCUAUUCACAAAAGGGACGAUGGUGACCUUAACAAACUCCCGCUCCUCUACUGGACAUGUCAAGGUGCGGUCUCAGACUAAGAUGAGUUCAGACCGUCCUUCACAGAGACCUAAGAAACCAAAGGACAGCAAACCCAAGGUGAAGAAGCUGAAGUACCACCAGUACAUCCCUCCAGACCAGAAGGCAGACAAAGAGCGUCCGCCCCAGAUGGACUCGUCCUAUGCGAAGCUCCUCCACCAGCAGCAGCUCUUCCUGCAGCUGCAGAUCCUCAACCAGCAACAGCAGCAUUAUAACUACCACACCAUCCUGCCCGCCCCUCCCAAGCCACCAACGGAGCAGCAUCCUACGACCAACUCUGGCCCGUCCCCCUCCCGAAGUGCUCCCACCACAACCACCCCCAUACCCUCCAAUCAGAGCGGGACUGCCCGUCAGAGCCAAACUGCAGUGGGAGGAGUCAAACCAUGCACUCUGCCAGCCAACUUGGAUGAGUUCAAAGUCGCCGAGUUAAAACAGGAACUGAAAUUGCGUGGUUUGACCGUCUCGGGCACCAAGAACGAUCUUAUCGAGAGGCUCCGUAACUACCAGGAGCAAAACGGUGGCACCACAGCCGUUUCAAAAAAUGGCAACCCGCAGAGCUUGAUCUCAGCAGCUGGCACUUUCACAUCCUCUCCCACUCCAACUACCACCCCUGACCACCAAUUAGGAGAGAGUGGGUUUAAGUUAGAUUUGUCAUCAUUGGCUCAGGUGAUUCCGGGACGGGUCAUGCGAUUCGGCAGCACCAGCUCCAGCCCUCCAAUGUCACCUACUCCGUCUGAGAGGUCAUUGGCCGGGAUGAGUCCAGAUGAGACUAGCUGUAAUGGAGACAUGUUUGGAGAGAUGGUGAGCUCUCCCCUGACCCAGCUCACCCUGCACCCUUCUCCUCAGCACCCAUCAAACAUCUCUCCGCUCUCCAAGGUCAAAGAGGAGAUGCAGAGCUCAUGCAGCCUCUCCCGGCUUUCACCCGCCUUAUGUCAGCCUCCAGAGUCCCUGACUGGAGUAGCUAUGGACACGUCCUCUUUGGACAAGGACCAGAUGCUCCAGGAGAAGGACAAACAGAUCGAGGAGUUGACCAGGAUGCUGAGGCAGAAGCAGAGGCUGGUGGAGACCCUCAGGUCCCAGCUGGAGCAGGGCAAGGUGACAAGUGGAAUAGUGUUGAAGAGGGAAGACAGUGAGAAGAGCAGAACCCCAGAGGUUAAACUUCAAACUCUGAUAAAAGCCUCGGCAAUUCAGCCCCCCACUCUGCCCAACGGCAUCGUGGUGAAGGUGAAGAAGGAGGCGGAGCCUGAGGAGGGAAUGGAGGGAGUAACAGACUCGCUCCAAGCAAAGAAAGCGGCCCAGCCAAUGCAAUGCUCCCAGGAGACUCUCCUCAGGCUGCAGCAGAUACAUCGGCUGCAGAUCCAACAAGCUGAGCAGCAGAAACAGACGCUGCAGCUCAAACAGCAGCAGAGCCAGGAGCAACUGCAGAAAGUGGCAGAGGCUAUGUCGAACCCUCAAAAACUACAGCAGCAGAAUAAAGAAGCCCAAAUCCUCCUCCAUCAGCAGCAGCAACUGCAGCAACUUAUCAUACAGCAAACCCAACAGAAACAGCUCCAGGCACAGCAGAAGUUAGCACAGCAGAAACUCAAUCAACAGAAGCUGGUUCAGCAGAACCAGUUAAAACAAGCUCAAGGGCAAGUUCAACAAAGCCAGCAGAAGAACCAGGUUAAGUUAAAGCACGUUCAGGUGCAGAUCCAGAGGCCGGCAGUGAACCUAACCCAGCAGAGGAAGCAGCAGAGGGCUCAGCAGAGGCAGCAAGAGAGACAGCAAACGGCAGCUGCCACCACACAACAGGUGACCCCCGUCUUUGUCAACCAACAGAACGGCACUCAGAUCCAAACUCAAGCCAUUUCACUAGACCUCCUCAAGGCAAAUGGCGCACCAACUCUGGUCACCGACAGCAACGGAAACCACUACCUGAUUGCUCUCACCAGUAACACCACAGACGGACAGAACCGAGUGUCCUCAUUGGCCAAACCCAACGGACGCAUCACACUGCAGAGGUUUAAGUCAACUCCGAGUAAACUCCCCAGCACUGACAACCAAUCAAAGGAGCUACCAGAGGCCGAGCCAAUCAAAAAAGGACAGAAGGAGGGGCUGCACCUUGAAACCAGUGUUGUACCUCAACCCAGCCUGUCAGUCACUGCUCCGCCCAAUCUGCAGCCUUUCUUUGAAGACAUGUCGGACAGUGAAAGCCAAAGCAACUUAAUCUCAUCUCUUAAGCAGGAGAAUGGCGUCAACAGUCAGCAAAUGGACGACCUGUUUGACAUCCUGCUCAAGAGUGGAGAAAUCCCCGGCUUUAAGGCCAACCCGGACCCUUCCCUCGCCCCCCUCCACUCUGACCCGCCCUCCCCAUCCUCUCCUCCAUCUCCCCUCCACCUCUCCCCUCCCACCCCUACGGAGCCUCUCCUCUCCCCUCAGCCUUCAGUUGGAGAGCCCUGCACAGGCAGCGGACGCCUGGAAGACUUCCUGGAGAGCACCACGGGCGCCCCGCUGCUGGGGGUGGAGCCUGGCGGCGGCCUGACGCUAAUCGACGACCUUCACAGCCAAAUGCUGAGCACGCCCAGCAUCCUGGACCACCCUUCCUCCCCCAUGGACACGUCCGACCUCGGCUUCUCCCCCCACUCUACGGGGCUGGACUUUGGCGACCCCACCCUGGACAGCAUGGACUGGCUGGAUAUCUCCAUGGUGGGGAGUGCCAGCGGUGGGAGUGGGGACAGCGGAGGUAGAGGAGGAGGAGGGGGAGCUGGCGACGGAGACGGGGGAACGAGCCUGGCCCCGCUGGUGCCGCACACUCCACCAAGCGUCUUCUCGACUGAUUUUCUGGACAGCUCGGACCUGCAGCUGCACUGGGAGUCGUGUCUGUAGCCCUGCGCUGCCCCGGACACGCACUCGCUCACACUGUGUACAGGCGCCGUCUUUAUUUCAUGCACAUAUAGAAACCUUUUCUAUGCUGUCUCUACCACUGCGGGGGUCACUGGCACAUGCAAACACUUUUACACAGUUUGACCUGUUUUACACUGGCUGUUACUGUAUGUAGGAUGCGGUGAAAUAAGAAAGAAACAUAAGAGUUAAAUUCAUAGAGAGGACUUGGUGGUACUGAAGUGGACUUUUCGAAAUUUAAUUCUAUGGGGAUCCAUACAGCAGACUGUUCACAUCCAAGCUGAUUAAAUCCCAUUUCCUGUUUCCCGAGCUGCAUUAUAACCAGAUUAAAGAGACCUGACUCAGGCUCCCUCCAGAUAGCAGAGUGUGUGUGUCAGUGCCUCCUAAACUUUGCACUUAUGCUGAAUCUGAUUGGUUUAAAAGGGGGUGUUCAGGUCAACAGCCGAAUCAUAAUGCUGUCUGAGGCUGAGUGAAAGCCACCAUGUGUUGUGUUCAUCAGCUGAGCCAUUUAAGGUGUGACCUGGUCACCUCACUGUGGCAACCUGAAACCCUCACUAGUCAAAAAUCACAACCGUCACUUAUAGUUGGCAGUUGCUCUUGAAAUGAACCAUAUCAGUGGCAACAGUUUGAAUUGAAGCCUCGUAGGAGGGUUGCGUAUUAUUGGUAACAUUAUGGUAGACCACUAUGUAUUGCUGUAUAUGGGGUGUAUAUUAUCAAUCGUCCAUAUGACUAUUUUUCUUUGCUGGUUGCUUUAGGGUCGAGCUAGCCGGCUGGGGAACAUAGGGUGAGGCAGGGCUUCAAAAAAACUUGGACCUCGUCGUUUUUUAAAGAAAAAAAAGUUUAAAAAAAAUAAAUAUAUUAUGAAAACACAA